GUACUUGGAAAAUACUGGAAUCACCCACCAAAGAAUCUGUUUGCACGCAUCCAAAAACCAACUCAGCAGGGACCAAUGACCAACAGCAGUGUGGAAUGCAAUUUUACAGACAUCGACAGAUUAGCAAAGACCCUGCAGCUGGGGAUCUCCAUCCCCACCUUCAUUAUUGGGCUGCUCCUCAACGCCCUGGCUCUCUCCAUAUUCUGCUGCUUUUGGAAGAAGCAGACUAAAACCUCCGUUUACAUGAUCAAUCUCGCGCUUGCAGAUAUCUUGCUGCUUCUCUCACUCCCACUCAAGCUGUACUACUCUGUCAGAGAAGCACCCGGGCUCAUGUGCUCAUUCAUACAUACUUUCUAUUUUGUCAACACAUAUGGCAGCAUCUUCAUCAUUGUCUGCAUUACUGUUGACAGGUAUCUCUGCAUAAGGCAUCCAUUUGAAGGUCGAGCUAAGCAAUCUCCCAAAUGGGCCAUCCUGAUUUGCUGCUUCAUCUGGGUAGUGACCUGGCUUUGCAGCAGCCCAAUGUACAUGUUUCAUGAAAAAGAUGCUUUUAAAUGCUUUUACAACAUGUCAGAAGAACAGGUGUGGAGCGUUCCCCUCAUUGUUUCUCUGGAAGUCUUUGGAUUCCUGAUCCCACUCGCAGUGAUGGUUUUCUGUUCUGCCCAAAACAUCUGGAUUCUUCUGAAUCACAAAAGUCAAGCUAAAGAGAAGGUAGAAGGUGGUAGCUCCUUACGAGUCAUUAUCAACCUUGUGGUGUUUUUGGUGUGUUUCACACCUUUCCAUCUUGCAAUCUGCCUACAGUGCCUGGUGAGACAGCACGUGAUAGUGGACUGCAGUCUGAAACUACCCAUCAGUCUCUUCAUUCAGGUGUCAAUGACAUUAGCCAACCUGAACUGCUGCCUGGAUGCCAUCUUUUAUUACUUUGCUGCAAAAGAAUUUCGUGAGAAAACACACCUGAAAAAAGCUGUUGAACUAUGUCCCGUCUUUAAGCCUUGUGCUACAUGA